GAUGAAUCGAAUGUGAUGGGGGGAGGGUUUUCGCAGCUGUGUCCGUGCACAAACCCGGCGGUCAACGGAGGUGAACCGGAGGUUACAUUCACCGCCGGAGAGCCUUUAGACGAAACCCUCGGACACUCCUUCUGCUAUGUCAGGUCUUCAUCUCGGUUUAUCACUCCUCCCCACUCAGAUCGGUUUCUCUCACCGUCGCAGUCGCUCCGAUUUGACGAGCCGGUUCAGCAGAACCCCAGGCCGACGGGACUAGCAGAGACUGGUUUCCGAGCAAUUUCCGGGGCAUCGGUCAGUGCAAACACUUCUACUCCCAGAACCGUCCUCCAACUUGACAAUCUUUACGACGACGCCCCUUGUUCUGAUGGCAGUGUCGUGGGCUUCUCUGGUGCUGCUGGAGUCAGGGGCAGUGUGGUGAACGGGUUUGAAAGCACUUCUUCUUUCAGUGCCCUGAUUCUUCAGCCAGUUCCUCGACAAGGAAGCGGCAGUGAACCGCCGGGUCCCCCGAUCGACCGGACGUUUUUCAUGUCUGGUCCAUUCGAGCGGGGUGCCCUCUCUGGACCGCUAGAUUCCGCUGCCUCAGGGACGGACGGCUUUGGAAACAGGAUCACUUUCUCGGCUCCUCUUGGUGGUCUUUAUCAUUCAAAAAAGAAAGGGAGGAGGAGGAGGAGGAGCAUUUCUGGGAUCCGGAAGGCCUUCAAUAGAAAUUUCUCCGACAAGAAGACACCUUGGGUUGUCCCUGUUCGAAACUUCAUUGGCCGUAAGGAUAUACUGGCUGCUUCAGACGGCUACCAUGAAUCUGAGAAGAGUAGGGACAGUAACGUCCAGUGGGCUUUAGGGAAAGCAGGUGAAGAUCGGGUGCAUGUGGUGGUAUCCGAAGAACAUGGUUGGCUAUUUGUUGGUAUAUACGAUGGGUUUAAUGGUCCAGAUGCCCCUGAGUUCUUGAUGAGCAGUAUGUACAAAUCCAUGUACAAAGAACUAGAAGGUCUAUUUUGGGACCGUGAAGAGACUACUUGUAGAGAGACUAGAUGUAGAGAAGAACUAGAAGAAGUUAACCCGCCUUUGCCUGACAGAGGAGGAUCAGCAAAGAAGGUGACAUUUCAGUCUACUGAGAUCGAGAUUAGGAGGAGGAGAUUGUGGGAGUUUUUGGCUGAGGAUGAGACUGAACAUGGGCUUGAUCUUUCUGGUUCGGAAAGAUUUGCCUUUUCAGUAGAUGAUGCAAUCAGUGUAAGUAAUGCAGGUUCUGCAGUGGGUAGAAGGUCUUUGUUAUUGUCAAAGUUGAAACAAGGAUUGUUGACUAAGCACAUGAAGAGCAAGAAAUUGUUCCCUUGGAGAUUUGGGCUGCAAGGGCAGGACAGAGUUGAAGUGGAGGAGGAGGAGAUUAAUAGAGUUGAAGAGGAAAGAGCUGUUAGAAAUGAGAAACGUAAGGUUGGUCCUGUUGACCACGACUUGGUUCUUAGAGCAAUGUCAAGAGCGCUUGAAGUGUCCGAACUUGCCUACUUAGAUAUGACUGAAAAGGUUCUUGAUAGGUACCCAGAGCUUGCCUUGAUGGGUUCUUGCUUGUUGGUUGUUUUGAUGAGGGAUGAAGAUGUGUAUGUGAUGAAUCUUGGAGACAGCCGGGCAAUAGUUGCUCAGUCUAGCUCUGAAGUGCCUAUUUCCAGUUCACUUUAUGCUGCUGGAGAGAGCAUUUUAGAAGAUUCAGCUCAAAACGUGCGAUUGACUGCACUGCAACUGUCAACUGAUCAUAGCACUAGCAUCGAAGAAGAGGUUACUAGAAUCCGGAAUGAACACCCUGAUGAUAGUAACUGCAUUGUUAACGACCGAGUAAAAGGUCGCUUAAAGGUCACUCGAGCUUUUGGGGCAGGCUUCCUGAAACAGCCUAAGUUGAAUGAUGCACUACUGGAAAUGUUUCGCAAUGAGUAUAUUGGCCAAACACCUUACAUUUCUUGUAUACCUUCACUGCGUCACCAUAGACUCUGCCCUGAAGACCACUUUUUAGUGCUCUCUUCUGAUGGUUUAUACCAAUAUUUGAGCAAUGAAGAGGUUGUUUCUCAUGUUGAAGAUUUUAUGGAGAAAUGUCCCGAUGGAGAUCCUGCUCAGCACUUGAUUGAGGAACUUUUAUUCCGUGCUGCCAAGAAAGCUGGGAUGGAUUUUCAUGAAUUGAUUGACAUCCCACAAGGAGACCGCAGGAAGUACCACGAUGAUGUUACUGUUAUGGUGGUAUCACUUGAGGGACGAAUUUGGAAAUCAUCGGGAAAAUAUCUGUAAGUCUUACUAUCAGGGCCCAAAAAUAGUUGGCACAAUGCUGUAAGCCGGACCGGGUUAAAAGAGUGCUGGCAGCCCUUUGUUCAGCUCACCAUGUUAGCCACAAUCAUAUGCUCAGAGCAAAAGCAGGUACUUGGAUAGAGGAAAUUCAUUUCAGGAUGAAAAUAUAAAUUUUUGUAUUUGGGACUUGCAUGGUUGUGUUCUUUGAGGAGAACCCACCCACUUUAUUUUUCCCUUUUAUUGUCUUCCUAGAUUUAUCAUAGUUUUUUUUUCAUUGUUUCUUAAUCUUCUCUUGUAGCAAAAAAGCAGCAAUUCUUCUAAUCAGGUGGUGACUUACUGAUACAGCCUUAGGC